GACCCCAAGGUCGCGGGCAUGAUGAAGUUCCUGUACGCGCCCUCGCAGGUCCCGCCGCCCCUGCGCAUGGCGCGCCAGCGCCACCUGCGCCACUGGACCAUCCACCGUGCGUGGCAGCUCUUUCGCCGGCAGCAGGAGGAGCAGUGGGAGCGCGAGAUGAUGCGCAUGAACGCGAGCAUGAGCCACGCGUGCGAGACGUUGCGCAACCUCGAGGGGCCCGGCACGCGGCCCAAGGGGUGGCUGUUCCGAAAGUCGAUGGAGAAGGUGGGCGUGUGGGGGCCCGACGCUGUGCCAAUUGAGUAUGCGAGGCCGCUGGUGGAAACGCCCGGCGAGAGGCCGUGGAACCACGAGUGGAAGAGG